CCAACACCAAGUUAUAUACUCACCUAACCAUUUCCACCGUACGUCAACGUGUGUACCUUCAUCUUCGUUCUUAUAACACUCAAAAUAUCAAAGAAAGUGAAAGAAAACAUAAGAAACUGUUCGCAAUACACAUAACACACCAUGAAGCUCGUUUGGUCUCCAGAAACUGCCUUAAAGUCUUACAUAGAUACCGUUAAAUCCUUUGAAAAAUUCAAAGAACCCGGAAUAGCUGAGCUUCUAUCAUCCAUGGCAGCAGGAUGGAACGCAAAAUUCAUAGUGGAAUGUUAUUCCCACGGCGGCCCAAUUGCCGCAAGUAUCGGCCUAGCAGUUGCCGCUCGCAACACGGGUGCACGACACGUAUGCAUAGUCCCAGAUGAAGGGUCAAGAUUACACUACACAAAAGCCCUAGCCGAUAUGGGAGUAUCGCCGCCACCGGAGAUAGUUCCCGGGGAAGCGGAGACGGUGAUCAAAAGCUUAGAUGGGUUGGAUUUUCUUGUGGUGGAUUGUAGACUUAGAGAUUUUGCUAGGGUUCUUAAAGUCGCGAAGGUUAGUACAAGAGGGGCAGUUUUGGCAUGUAAAAAUGUAUGGCAAAGAAAUCUUUCUUGGUUUCAAUGGAAUAUGGUUCUUGAAAGAGGCACACGUGUGGUUAGAUCGGUCUUUUUACCUGUUGGAAAGGGUUUGGAUAUUGCUUACAUAGGGAGUAGAAACGGUGUAACUUCAUCUAGUACUUCAAAGGGUACUCCUAGCCGUUGGAUCAAGCACAUAGAUCAUCAAUCAGGAGAAGUUCAUCUCUUUAGAGGGAGUAAUGUUUAAUUUUUUUCAUAAUUAAUAAAGGGUAUUAACUUUUAUGUUUGAAUAUUAAUAACUAAAUUAUAAGAAUAUGUUUAUUGAUAUGGAGAAUAUAUUUUAGUAAAAAUUUAAGUGUGAAAGUGUUUCACUCGGUUUGAGUUGUGGAAAUAUAGUCAAAAAUCCGUUUACAUCA